AUGGUCUUAGCUAUCGAAAGGGUCUGGGCCCCAAGCCCAAUGACUGCUCUUGAACCAGAGAAUGAGCGCAAGAACCUCAUCAAACGAGUGUUGAAUCAGAAGGUGUUGGUACCUGACAUCCUGUCCCUGAUGCCGGCAUGGCCAAGCGAGGUCCAACCAGAUGUCGACGAAAUUAACAAUAAAAUUGAUGAGUGGCUUCCCACCGUUAAUAUAGACGAGAAAAAGAAAGCCAAGCAUAGACUUCGCGGCAAUUACACGCUGCUGACAGCCGUGUAUUACCCACACUGCAAGAAAGACAAGAUGCUUGUUCUCACACAGUUCUUAUACUGGAUAUUCUUCUGGGACGAUGAGAUCGAUACCGGCGGCGAGCUUACAGAGGACGAUGAAGGCACUCGCCGAUGUUGCGAAGAGACAAACCAGUGCAUUGACGACUGCCUUGGGCCAAACCCGAACUACUCCCCUCCCGAGGGAUCACGGGGAUCAGUGGAGAUGUUCUAUCCCAUCCUAAGGGAUUUGCGCGUAGGCCUCGGCCCGGUUGCGACCGAACGUCUUCGCCUCGAACUCCACGAUUACGUGAACGGUGUCGGCCGCCAGCAGCGUGUGCGCCAGGGGCCCUACUUACCUGACCCGUGGUACCACUUCAAGAUCCGAUCCGACGAUGUGGGCGUGAUACCCAGCAUCACGCAGAACGAGUACGCGAUGGAAUUCGAGCUGCCGGACUUCAUUCGAUACCAUGAGGCCGUGGAGUUCAUUGUGCAAGAAUGCACCAAGAUCACAAUCCUGCUCAACGACGUGCUGUCCCUGCAGAAGGAAUUCCGAGUCUCACAACUCGAGAAUAUAGUCCUCCUAUUCAUGAACAAGUACAAUAUCUCUCUGCGCAGCGCGGUGGACAAGGUCCUUGAUCUGAUCCGCGAGCACUACGCCAUCUGUGUGGCUGCGGAAGAGAGGUUGCCUUGGAGCGACACAGACGAGCAGCUCAAUGCGGAUAUCAGGGAAUAUGUCAGGGGUUGCCAACGAUUGGCUACCGGCACGGCUUAUUGGAGUUACUACUCCCGUCGAUACCUGGAUAGCAGUCAAGUAAAUGAGAAAAGAGAGGUUCUGAUUGACUUGUCGUACGUUGAUUAA